CCAGGCAGAGCCGGUGCGUCGGGGACUCGGGACGCCUCGGGCUGGGGAGCGCAGACCAGCCAUGGCCACCACCAACGGGGCUGUGGAAAACGGACAGCCGGAUGGGAAACCGCCUGCCCUGCCGCGCCCCAUCCGCAACUUGGAGGUGAAGUUCACCAAGAUAUUUAUCAACAAUGAUUGGCACGGAUCCAAGAGCGGAAAAAAGUUUGCCACAUACAACCCUUCGACUCUGGAGAAAAUCUGCGAGGUGGAAGAAGGUGAUAAGCCCGACGUGGACAAGGCUGUGGAGGCCGCACAAGCCGCCUUCCAGCGGGGCUCCCCGUGGCGCCAGCUGGAUGCCCUGAGGCGAGGCCAGCUGCUGCACCAGCUGGCUGAUCUUGUGGAAAGGGAUCGUGCCAUCCUGGCCACCCUGGAGACCAUGGACACCGGCAAGCCAUUCCUUCACGCCUUUUUCAUGGACCUGGAGGGCUGUAUUAAGACCUUCAGAUAUUUUGCCGGGUGGGCAGACAAAAUCCAGGGCAGGACCAUCCCCACAGAUAACAAUGUUGUGUGCUUUACCAGGCAUGAGCCCAUUGGGGUGUGUGGAGCCAUUACGCCGUGGAACUUCCCCCUGCUGAUGCUGGCCUGGAAACUGGCUCCUGCCCUGUGCUGUGGGAACACCGUGGUCCUGAAGCCAGCUGAGCAGACACCCCUCACCGCCCUGUACCUUGGCUCUCUCAUCAAAGAGGUCGGGUUCCCUCCGGGUGUGGUGAACAUCGUGCCAGGCUUUGGGCCCACAGUGGGAGCAGCAAUCUCCUCUCAUCCACAGAUCAACAAGAUAGCCUUCACGGGGUCCACAGAGGUUGGAAAGCUGGUUAAAGAAGCCGCCUCCCGGAGCAACCUGAAGCGGGUCACGCUGGAGCUGGGGGGCAAGAACCCGUGCAUCGUAUGCGCCGACGCUGACCUGGACUUGGCCGUGGAGUGUGCUCACCAGGGAGUGUUCUUCAACCAAGGCCAGUGCUGCACAGCGGCCUCCAGGGUGUUCGUGGAAGAGCAAAUCUACGGAGAGUUUGUGAGGAGGAGUGUGGAGUAUGCCAAGAAGAGGCCAGUUGGAGACCCCUUCGAUGCUAAAACAGAGCAGGGGCCCCAGAUCGAUCAAAAGCAGUUUGACAAAAUCCUCGAGCUGAUCGAGAGUGGGAAGAAAGAAGGGGCCAAGCUAGAAUGUGGGGGGUCAGCCAUGGAGGACAGAGGGUUGUUCAUCAAACCCACUGUCUUCUCAGAUGUUACCGACAACAUGAGGAUUGCCAAAGAGGAGAUUUUUGGACCAGUGCAGCCAAUACUGAAGUUCAAAAAUCUCGAAGAAGUGAUCAAAAGAGCAAACAGCACUGACUACGGACUCACGGCAGCAGUGUUCACCAAAAACCUUGACAAAGCCCUGAAGCUGGCUUCGGCACUGGAGUCGGGCACAGUCUGGGUCAACUGCUACAAUGCAUUCUACACACAGGCUCCGUUUGGUGGCUUCAAGAUGUCUGGAAAUGGCAGAGAACUAGGUGAAUAUGCUCUGGCGGAGUAUACAGAAGUGAAAACUGUCACCAUCAAACUCGAUGACAAGAACCCCUGAAGGACAGACCGGUCUCUUCCUCAAAAGCUGGACAGCUGUCCUUGGCGACUCCAACCUGCCACAAGCAGAAAACAGGAUGACAGUGCUCAGCUUCCCAGGACCUUCUCUUCGGGACACUCGGUCUACUAGAGCUUAACGGUUUUGAUUUUCCCUCUCACACUCAUGCUUUAUGGACCAGACUGUGGGCGGCUGGCUGUUAUGUGUGAAAACUGCAGGCCUGCCUGGGGGAGAAACUGGUGUCCAGCUGCCAUUGCUUCAGACUCCGUGCAGGACACAGCAAAGACACCCGGGGCUCUGUUAAUAUGAGAUGGUCUCUGAAGUGUCCCGCAGUUAUUUUAAAUGCUUUUCUGACCCCAGGAGGAAUGUGGAAAGAGCUCACGGCAUGGGCUGCAAGUGGAUCUGCUCUCACGGGCUCCUCAGAGUCACCUGUGCACAGAACAAGUCCCUCCUCAUUCUGAGUGGGACUAUUCACAAGCAAGGGAUUAGUGCUGGUAUGAAAGGAGGAUUUCAGGGACCCCGUGUGGAGAGCUUAGGGGGAACAUACUCCAAGGGAAGGCUCCAGAAGUCUUUGGUUUGCGGGGGUGCCAGUCCCGAGGACUGCAUAUUGACAUUGACUGUGGGAUUCACCUUGUAAACAAUCCUGACUUUGGAAUGACCAAAUCCACAUCCCAAAGAGUCUGCCCUACAGUUAUGAGACGGUCAGUCAAAACCAAGGCCCUUCUUAGGCAGAGAACAUCCUUAGUGUCACCUUUGCCCCUGACGACUCAUUUUAGAACUGCCACAGCAGAGCAAACCCUGGGUGACUGAGCUGCACACUUGACACUCAGAGCCAUCGUUCACUUUCACAGAUCGUUCACUUUCACAGAUCGUUCACUUUCACAGAUCACCCGUUUCUACCACCUUCGGCAAUGGGUGUGCCCACUCCCUUUCUCUUUUCCCCAGCUCCAUUACCUGUUUUAGAUGAGCAAAGGGCACGCCACUGAGAGACAGCUGCACUGCUUAGCUCCAUAGUUGUAAAGUCCCGUUGGGGUUUUCAUUUCCGAUUGAUUAACUAAUAACACCCGGGUCCCAUAGGGGGACCCGGUCACCAGCCAAGUGACCUGGAUAUUUCAUUCACAUUAUGACAUUUUUCUUUUCCUCUUCGGUGUAUCCAUGUGAUAGGCAAAGUCCACGUUUUAACUUGGAAAACUAAAACCGUUCCCACAAUAGAACAGAACCAAACCCACUGGGUUGAAUGCUUUUGGGCACUUUCACUCUUGGUAACAUACACCUCUCUAACUGUCUGUGACGCUUACACUUAAGGAUUAAAGUUGGACUGAGUAACAGUGAGAAUGAACCCUCAUAUCAGAACCAGUGUGUGCAUAAGGAAUGGGAUGCGUGAACUGGGGCUCUCAGCCCUGUCAGAGACAAGCAAUAUUCCACUCGCCUUCUUUCUCCCCCUCAGCACUUACACUACCAGUAACUUGUUAAAUCGGGACUUGGCCUCAUACACUGAAUUUCCAGCAUCUCAGUAACUCUAGGCACCACCCUUCACCAUAGUACAUUAGAGGGUUGCUAUUCCUCCACUGUACAAUAAUGCCUUUAAUAUGAAAUGUUACAUUAUUUAUAAUUGGUAUCAUUAAUGUAUCUUUUUAUAGCUGUAAGUACACAGAGGUAGUAUAUUUAACCUUCUGUAAUAUACUGUAUUUAGAAAUGAAAAUCUAUAUAAUGUUAGAUCUCACGUCUUUAAGGUUUACCCCUGUGGUAUGGUUUUUCAAUUGAUUGGACUGGGAAUUCUGAUCCUAACUUUGGAUUGUGUUCAGCAACGAUAUAAUAAAAUUGGACAUUUGAGAAA